AUGAAGUGCAAUUUUCGAUACCCGAGCCCGGUGCUGCUGUUGGCGCUGUGUUGCGCCGGAUGCACCGUGCAAGGAUACAGCAGCAGCAGCAGCAGCAGCAUCAGCAGCGAUCCGCAUCUGUUCGAGAAUCGAGACGGAUACAUCAUCGGCAACUACCUGCAGGCCACGGACCAGGACAUCCGGGACUUCUUCUGGACCGGGUCGGGCGACGGGAUGCCGAGCUCGGUGCAGAACCCGUUCGAGCGGUUCCCGCUGAGCGAAGACGCCAUCAUCAAGACGGCCACGGUUGUGGCCACCGUCUACAUCGACCGCAGCGGAGCGCCGGAUGGUUACGAUGAUCUGUGCAUCUUCGAUUGCCCACCGGGUGGUGGGACCGGGACCGGGGGCCGGCCGGGACCGGGCGUGGAUGAUUUGGACGUCCCGUUCGGCGACCGUAUCGACAACGUGACGCCCACGGACCGCCGGUUCUGGUUGAUGACCGUCAUCGGCGGUCUGUACGGUCGCCCGGACUAUCCGAUGCUCGAGAGCCGGUUGGCCAAACUGUACCGGGUUGCGUUCGCCAGACAACAGGCAUUACACCUCGGCAUCAACAGCAGCGCCAGCAACAGUCAGCAGCAUCGCAACAACACCCUCGAGUCGAUGGAAGAAGACGACCAGCAUGGGCCAUCGAGGCGCACUCGGCGUGGGCUCAGCCCGGACGUUAAGCCGAACUCGACCCUGGGCUUACCGGCACUCCGCACAAUGGACCGCAAGACGGCGACGUUGCGGCACGGUGGGACAAAAAGUGCAUCGACCACCACCACCAGUCGGGAGCACUCCUUUCCGGCCUCCGCCCGGGACGUGUUGACGAAUGGGAAUGUCGUUGCGUACGAGCAACGGCAGCGGCUUCUUAGGAAACGUGGAGGUCCUCGUCACAAACGCCACUCGCCGGGCGUGGGAGAUUCCGGUGAACGGAUCGGAAGUCAAGUGCUACCCGUACCGCCGAUCGUGGAAGUAAUUGGCGCCGACGGUCCGGAGGGUAGUGGCGGUGAGGAGCAGUCACGGCCACAGAGGAGCGGCGGCGGCCCCAGUUUGGUGGCGUCCGGGUCUGACAAGGGCGCGUACUCGACGGACGGUCGGCGGAAAGUGCGAAUCCUGAUACACAACACCACCCACCUGCGCGAGGACGAUCGAUUGUCGCUGACGGAGCACGGGCCGGCCGGCCGGGAAAACAAUCGCUCCGGCCCGGCCGGAAGUGGCUUUGCGGUGGGCUCAUCGAAUCAGUUGAUCAAUCAGACGGAAAUCAUCUACUCGGUGUUCGUUGGCGGACUGCCAGUGCUGGCGACGACGGCCGCCGAGGACAUGAAGCUGAUGUCGCAGGACGAGAUGGAGCACGUGCUCGAGUCGACGGUUUACCUAAAGGCUGACCCCUACUUGAAGGAGCCCCAGGCGACGCCACUGAUACCGUCGACACAGAACGGGAGCGGCAAUGUGAUAGCACUGAUCGGCCAGAACCCGAGCCUGUUUGUGGUUUCCUGCGUGGCGGCCGUGUUGCUGUUGGUGCUGUGCAUCGGGCUGUUCCUGUUGGCUCGCGGCAAGCGGAAGCAUAUCGUCGCCAUGAAGAAACUCGAAUCGACACAGGCGCUAGUGAUGCCGGGAACGAUUGCAGAAGAGCUGAGCGCCCUGAAGACCGGCGAAAGUGGCAGUAGCCGGCAGCCGUCGCCCUAUCCACGCGAUCCGUCCGGAGCCGUUGGCGGCAGGAUGGCACAGAAAGCGUCGCCCACGAUCCACUUCCCACUGCCACCGAUGACCCGGCCGACGUCAUCCUCUUCGAGCUACUCCUCCGAUUGCUCCGUCUACUACCCGAAGCGGAAGCAGAAACAUCAGCACCACCAUCACCAUCAUCACCAUCAGCAGCAGCAGCACCACGAGCUGCUGGACGAGAAGGCGGUCAAUUUGACGAGCAAGAUGCAGAAGCAGUUCCAUCUCCAGUCGCUGCUGUCACCGGGAGUGCAGGAGAACGUGUACGCCACGGUCCAGAAGCCUCCGCCCGGCAAGAAGGAUCACAAGCGGCGCCGGAAGUAUUUGGGCGAGAAUCGAGUCGGUUCGCUCGAGGCGGGUGCUGGCGGGUUGGCACCACCGCCACCUCAGCGUAGUCCACUGACGACGACGACCGCCACCACGAGCAGCGCUAGUCCGAGUGAUCGAUCGUUCGACGAUCGGCAACCGCGGCUCGUUCCCGGGGCGUACGAACCGAGCGAAACCUUCAACACGGACCUGAUCCUGAAGCACUACCUAAAGCGGAAACCGUUCGGCUACGGAGAACCCGGCCUACCGGUGGAGGCCCUCAGCCGGGAUCAGAUCCGGGUGCUGGCGGAACAGUACGGCGGUGUGGCCGCUGGUAUGUCGCUGGACUCCGGCAGUAUCGGGUCGUACCUCAGCAUGGCGUCGGUGAAGAGUUUCCCCAGGUGCUUCGUGCCGGAACCGUUAAGUCGCGUCUUGGAGCCGGUCACGAUGACCCACCUCGACCAGUCGGAUGCCGCCUACCCGGACGGGAUGAAGUCGUCGGGUGCGGACACGGCCGCCACUAGUCAGUACAACACGGACACGGACGCCCCGGGACUGGCACGGUCCCAGAGUGAUGGGGCCGACCCGGGCGUCGUGGGUCCUAUCGUUUGGCAGAUGCACAAGAAAGAAAUGGAAGAAAUGACCAGCCCACUGCGGGAUCCGGUAGUGACGAGGAAUCGGUUCGAGGGUCUGCUCGAGGGUGCCAUCCAGCUGUACGGUGACGGGCCCGAACGGGACGAGGAACAGAAGACCUCCAUCCCCCUGCCGGGGGUCAUCCGGCCGGUGGAAUCGCGCGGAAAGUCGGCAGUCGUUGUAAGAGAAACGUCCCGGGCGUCGUCGGCCACGAUCCGCCCGGUAACGGCGGCCCCCGGACGUAAGGGGACGGUCCCGGCCCGGGAGCCACAGUUGCCACGGUCUCCGAACGCUCCGCUUGGUGGUCGCGCGUGGGCCAGCGGGACCCACUCGCCCAUGGUGCGGCCAAUGAGUGCCGGGCCGUUCCAUUCGCCACAGAGUGGACCCCCGCUGGGGCUGGAGAUUGCCCGCGUGACCGCACCGCAGACGGUGCUCCAGUCGACCGAGCUGUCCACGGCACCGUUGCUCGACAACAUCAUGCACGAGCUGCGCCGGUACCGCGCGGAACAGUGA